UUUCGUGUUUGCUUUACUUCUUGUUUCGAAGUCUUGUUCAAGUCUCGGACAAAAAAGCACCCCUAUAACUAAGCGAAGCUUUUUAAAACCCCUUUUGACCAAACUGGAUACAAAGUGUUUUGUUUUCCGUGCUUUGGUGAACUGAGCAACUGACCUCUUACCAUAAAAGUCCGUGUUGAAGAUCUAGGAGCAAUUUGUCGACACUCCCCUGGCCGCAGGAAGGGCGUCUUCACUGCGAGUCCAGCGAAGAAAAGUGGAGGCUAACGCUGCUUUCCCCUUUUUUGAGCCCCUUAAUGUAAAAUUAGCUUAAAGCUGUCGACUCUCCAUACACUUUCUGGAUUAGCUGUCUAGUAGGGGAUGCUGGGUGUGGCAGACAUGACGGGCAGCAAUAUGGCCAAUGCCCUGGCAAAUGCCGCAUGUGAACGUUGCAAAAGCGGCUUUGCCCCGGCAGAGAAGAUUGUCAAUAGUAAUGGCGAGCUGUAUCAUGAGCAGUGCUUCGUGUGUGCCCAGUGCUUCCAGCAGUUUCCAGAAGGACUCUUCUAUGAGUUUGAAGGGAGGAAGUACUGUGAGCAUGACUUCCAAAUGUUGUUUGCCCCAUGCUGUCACCAGUGUGGAGAGUUCAUCAUUGGCCGUGUGAUAAAAGCCAUGAACAACAGCUGGCACCCUGACUGCUUCUGCUGUGACCUUUGUCAGGCUGUGCUGGCUGAUGUUGGAUUUGUCAAAAAUGCUGGCCGUCACCUGUGUCGUCCAUGUCAUAAUCGGGAGAAGGCUCGUGGUCUGGGGAAGUACAUUUGUCAGAAAUGCCACGCCAUAAUUGAAGAGCAGCCUCUCAUCUUCAAGAACGACCCGUACCAUCCAGACCACUUCAACUGCAGCAACUGCGGUAAGGAGUUGACUGCUGAUGCUCGAGAGCUGAAAGGAGAGCUCUACUGCCUCCCAUGCCAUGAUAAAAUGGGUGUGCCCAUCUGUGGAGCCUGCAGAAGGCCUAUCGAAGGCCGCGUGGUUAACGCCAUGGGCAAGCAGUGGCAUGUUGAGCAUUUUGUGUGUGCCAAGUGUGAGAAACCUUUCUUGGGGCAUCGCCAUUAUGAGAGGAAAGGUUUGGCAUACUGUGAGACUCACUACAACCAGCUUUUCGGUGAUGUCUGCUACCACUGCAACCGUGUGAUUGAAGGCGAUGUCGUGUCUGCUCUGAACAAGGCCUGGUGUGUCAACUGUUUCUCCUGUUCCACCUGCAACACCAAGCUCACCCUGAAAAACAAGUUUGUGGAGUUUGACAUGAAGCCUGUGUGCAAGAAGUGCUAUGAGAAGUUCCCCCUGGAGCUGAAGAAGAGACUGAAGAAGCUGGCUGAAACCGUCAGCCGCAAGUAAACGUCCACAACAACAGGGCUCAUCGAAGGCUCAUAAUGAAAUUCACGGUGCUUAAUAGAACAGAGUCCAUGUAUUUCCAUGAUGGGAGCCAAACUCCAGCCUUAAAUCUCUCCUGCGUUACUACUCUUUGGUAGUUGGUUAUUACUAAUUUUUUUUUUGUCUUAAAUUGCUUAGUGUUCUCUGCCAGAUUUGAGAAAACUCUAUAUGACCGUGAAAAUACAAGAAGAAAGAAAAUCCACUUUUUAGCCAACCUUGCAGAUUGAUGCAGGACCUUUGAUGUAUUCUUGUGCUUUUUCACUUUAUUCAAUAUAUAUUCAGUAUAUGCAAAAUGAAAAACUAUAGGUAGAGGCCUCACAGCAAUCAGUAUGUGACGUACUGUCAUAUGUACUUUCCAUCCUAGAAGGUCAGGGUUAUUUGAAUUGCCUUUCUGAGAAGAUACAGUGCUGUUACUGUAUAGCCUUAGGUAUUUGCUUUAAUGUACUUUAUCUUUAAAUCAUAUUUUAAAAUGGUACAUUCAAUAUGUGUGCACAAUGUUUUGUGGGAGGAACAGGUCACAUGUUGGAGUAAAGGAAAAAAGGCGUGUGGGGACAUCUUACGCAAACAUAUCCACUUCUAAUAUAAACUCCUGCUGUUAUACCACUUUCUUAUUAUCCAUCACUGUGCUAAUAUGAUCAUGCCUUAUUCACUAUUAUAAGACGAUUUUUUAUUAAACUAUCGUAGACUGUAGUGGUUAAACUUUAUUCAAAAUGCCUGAGAAUAAUGUUGAUUGUCUUACAGCAGAGGUUUCAGCUUCAGUCCUGGGGACCCGCUGCCCUGCAUGGUUUCAGCAAUUCCCUGCCCCAAAACGCCUUGUUUUAUGAUGGUGGUGUUCACUACCUUCUUUGUUAACCAAAGUUCAAGUACUUGAGCUAUGAUUAAUCCUCAUGCGCAUGCAAAUGGAUGCAUGGCACUUGCACUCAACAGCCAAUCCCGUGACACAAUUAGGAGGAGUUUAGUGGAUUUGAAUGCUCUAUCCAUCAUUGUUUAUCUAAGCUUGAGGGCAGCCCUCUUUUACAGUGCAGCCAAGUGUCUCGAGAAGAAAUCAUCAGAAUCAUAGCAGAUUAAGAAACUGAUUUGUAUGACAAUAAAACCCAAUGAUAAAUAAAACAAGAUAAAAAAAUUAAUGAAACAGGCCUUGAAAUAAAAUACGAGAACAUACAAGUUAAUAGUACGAGUAAACAAUGAGGAAGAAAAUAAAGCAAGUGAAAACAAACUAAGAUAAUCAACUAAGACUAUUACAAACAAAAAAUAGCAGCAUAUUUUUUACAGAAGGAGUAUGUAAUAUUGGAGUAAUAGUUGUUUUAAAUUCCCGUUACCUUAUGUUUCAACCACUGAAAAUAUGUGAAUCUUGAUGAGAUUAGCUGUAUCUGGGGCUUAUCAGCCAAGUAUCAAGGUCUUCAUGAGCUGCAUCAGGUGUGGUGGAGCAGUGAAUACCUGAAACCUGUGCAGGACAAGUGGUCCAGUGGGACUGGAGUUAAAAACCAUUGCCAGCCUUAUAGCAUGGCUCUACUCACCUUUUUUAACUCUAUGCUGAACAUUAUUAAUAUUAUUAAUCAGUCAGAGAACUUGCUUUAAAAAGAAAAUAUAUAUGUAUUUCUUAGUUAUAUUUUUUAUCAUAAUUGAAUGUUUUUAUUGCCAAAUGUAACACUGCUGUUGAAGUAUAAUAAUGCAUUAGAAGAGUAUUAGCUUCUUUACCGAAAAUGUUUAUGUGCAGCAGAAAAUCAUAUUUUUGAUUUUUCUUUUGAAAGUUACUCACACUGCAAAAUGCUUUCUGUAGUUAUGUACCUAUUUUAUAUAAAUUACUCAUGAAAAAAGGAAUAUCUUUUAUGUUGGAUUUGAUUCACUAGCUGCAUUUCAGCUACCAGAACUGAGGACCAAAAGCUGUCAGAAAGUGUGUCUGCUGAUCUGUGUACUUGCAGUGGUGUUUGUUUUACCAGACUAAAAUUGGAAGGUUUUUAUGAAGAUAUGUAGCCAUAUUUAAGUUUAUUAACCUAUUUUCACUAAGAAAUUCAACAAAAUAUAAUUUGCCAGGGAGUGUUUGAACUUCUGCAUACAACUGUCUUUCGGUGACGCUGGGCUGCUGCGUGAAAAUGUCUGCAUUUUAUUCAUUUUUCCACACUUAUAACCCUCUACAUCUGAAUGUUAUAUGUCUUUGGAAUGCUAAUCUGUAGCUGUAGUCCUAAUUUUUGCAUUAUGUAAAUGUUUGUAUCAGGUAUCAGCACUGGAAAAAUAUCGGAUAUUGGAUGCAGUUCCCAUAUCAGUGUAUCCCUAUAAUUGAUUCCCAGUUCUGACAAAACUUGGCAAAAAAACAUUAAACCACUGCAAUUCAGAUUAUGGUUUUCCUCUGUUCACCUCUGGUGUCAACAUCAUUAGAUGUGGUCAUCAAGUGGGGUCAAAUGAAUGCUUGUGUGCUUUGCAUGUUGUUGAUGGUGAAUGCUGAGAUUCUUGCGUGUUGUAUCCAAUUUGACCACAUCAACACUAUGCUGUCCAGUGCUUCAAAUAAUAUGCCAAUAAAAUAAGUAUCGUCUCAUUCA